AUGCCGAACUACGAGCUGUCGGACUUUACGGACCUGAAGAAGAUUGGAGAAGGCACUUACGGCGUGGUUUACCGAUGCCACUGUCAGAAGUCAGGCCACCUGAAGGCGCUGAAACGCAUCAAGCUGGAGAAGUCGGAGCAGGGCUUCCCCUCCACCGUGAUCAGGGAAAUAGGACUUCUGAAGGAGCUGAGCCACCCCAACAUUGUCAUACUGGAGGAUGUUAUUCUCGAGGAGGGUCGUCUGUACUUGGUGUUUGAGCAUUUAACCGUGGAUCUGAGGCGCUAUUUGGAUCGCUUCAAUGCAUUCGCCGGGUUGCCUCCCACCUUGGUUAAGUCCUUCAUGUUCCAAAUGCUGCAAGCUCUGCAAUAUUGCCAUGUGAGACGCAUCAUGCACCGUGAUUUGAAGCCGCAAAACGUGCUGGUGGAUGUGCAUCGAAGAUUCGUGAAGCUGGGCGACUUCGGUUUGGCCAAGGCGUUCGGCUACCCACUUCCCAAGAUGACUCACGAGGUACUUUCCACUUGCCUUGCAUUGUCUCAACCCCCUCACUCACUCACUCACUCGCUCACUCACUCACUAGUCUUGCACCGUUGA